UAUAAUUAUUUCUUUCUCUUACAUUGUAAAUAAGUUUGUUUUACUUUCUCUCUCUUUUUUUGCAACAUCACGUUAGAGAUAAUUUGUGAUAAGUAUUGUUUGAAAUAAUAAAAGAGAAAUAAACGAAGAACAAAAGGGUAAGGAAGUGUUUCGAUCGUUUAAUCUUAAACAUUUUUUUUCGAAUUUGUAUUAUUACGUCAUAUUAUUUCUCAUAUCAUCUUUCUUCUCAUUUGCGUAUACGCAUGCGCGAGUUAUUGAUUGAUUUUAAAAAGAAGAGUUUCGAGUAAGUCAGUCGUAUGUGAGAAUCGAACAAUUCAAUGCCGAGAAACGUCACCGGUCAAAUAAUUUUUAUUUUCUUAAGUUUAUUUCUUUUCGAUGAUGCGAAGACUUUCGAAAUAAAUCGAUUCUACGAGAUUGACUGGCCGUCAGGGUUGCGUCAGUUUGUCCGUUUGGAAGAACCGUUGAAACCGGUGAAGAAUUCUUUUUGGCAAGGACCGACACAUCUUGGUCAUAUAUCUGGAGUCUCGGUGGAUCCUUCGGGAUAUCCUGUGAUCUUCCAUCGUGCCGAUCGACUCUGGGGAUUCUUUACCUUCACCAAAAGCAACCAUUAUACGGAACAAGCUAAAGGACCGAUCACUGAAAAUACCGUACUAAAGUUACAUCCAAAAACUGGGGAUAUUUUACGUGGUUGGGGAAAUAACACGUUCUAUUUUCCGCAUGGUAUACACAUUGAUAAUUUUGGAAACGUGUGGUUGACCGAUAUUGCUCUUCAUCAGGUUUUUAAGUACGAUAGUUCUGGAAUACUGAAGUUGUCACUCGGGGAACCUUUCGAGCCAGGAAAUGAUCUUAAUCAUUUUUGCCAACCAACAUCUGUCGCGGUGUCCUCGUCAACCGGCGAGAUUUUCAUCGCUGAUGGUUACUGCAAUAGCAGGAUUGUUCUCUUCGAUUCUAUGGGAAAUCCAAAAUACAGCAUUGAUAAAAGUACGAUGAUUUUAAACAUACCACAUUCAUUAACAAUAUUGUCAAAUGGAGAUCUCUGUGUUGCUGAUCGAGAAAAUGAAAGAGUCGUUUGCAUAAUUGGACUUACUGGAUCUAAGACUGUAUUCGCUGGAAGAAAAUAUUCUAUUCCAGUUCCUGGCCGAGUUUUUGCCAUUGCUUCCUACAAUGAUACAAUUUACACCGUGAACAAGAUGAUGUGCGAGUAUUGUGCAAUGGGCUACAUGAUAAAUCCAUACAUUCAACAAGUCGUUAAUAUGUGGUCAUCCGGAUUUGAUUUCCAUAAUCCACAUGACAUCGGAAUAUGUCAGAACAGUAAGUCAUUGUACGUCAGUGAGAUCGGUCCUAAUCGAGUAUGGAAAUUCGAUUUGAUAAAAAAACGUUGAAAGGGACGAAGAUAAUGUGAUUGAGGAACGAUUUUUGACACUCAUAAUGAAGGCUGAAAGUAAGUCCAAAAUAAAAAAUUAAUCGAAAAAAUAAAGAACAAAAAAAAAAUAGAAAAAAAAAAAACAAAGAAAAAACAACCGCCCCCAAAAAAAGAAAAUAAAAGAAAGAGAUACAAUGAGAGAGAGAGAGAGAGAGAGAGAUGAAGAAAAUGAAGAAGAAGAAGAAGGAGACAAAAAAAAUCAAUUAUAAAAAUCAGAGAUGUCCAUUAUGUACAAGUGCAUGGGUAAAAUAUAUGAUUAUGGUACGUCACCGUAAAAAUUAUUCUUUUUUUAACCGACAACGAGUUAUGGGAAAACACAGCUGAUAAUAUAUUAUAGAAAUGUUUUUAUGAUAAUGAAGAAAAUUCAAACAAAUUUUGUACAAAAUCGAUGAAUAUGAAAUUGUUUUUAAUCGUCUAUGGGAAAAUUUCUGAUAGAAAAAAAUUUUUUUGAAGAAAAAGAAGAAGACAAAUAUUAAAUAACAAAGUGCAGAGACCCAUGCAUACAUAAAUGGACAAAUAUUGAAACAGCAUACAAAUAUACUUAACUGAUAACAAAAUUGUCCCUAACUGAGUACUGGAAAAAAACUUAGUUUCGAUAAAAAAAAACUUCGCCUCGAAGGAGCGGACGAAGAACGAUCGACGCGAGAAGUACAUCAGUUAAAAACAAUUACAAAAAAAAAGACAAAAAAAAAA